AUGGCUUCGGAAGAGUUUUGCUGCACCGACGAUGUAGUUCUCGACCAUUGCAACUCUGAGGCUUUUUCUGUUGAUGUACUUAAUAAGCGUGGAACAUUCAGUGUUGCUCUACCAAGGCUUCUAACUACAAUAAUGGCUACAAUAAAGAAAGUCGAAGCAUUAAGUCGGAAAAAUAUACAUACCAGUGAAAGACCUGUGCAUAUACUUAUACUUAUACGUUAUAUUUACAUAUAUCCCACGGUAACGUCGAUAUCGGCAGUAUCGACUAUCAAGCAGUAUUGCAAUAAUAAGAGUAAUAAUUUGGCGAGAAAUAUUGAACGAAAAAGCGCAUGGCAGUUAUCUUCAUCAGAAUUAUCGAAUACUUCAUUAGCUACUUCUUUAUCAUCCACAACGAAUUAUCAACAAUCACCAGGUCAAAUUGUUAACCUCGUCAAUGUUCGGUCACGCUCCAUGUCUGUUUUAACAGAUGCGACUUAUAACGAGAAGCCUACAGCAACAUUUCGUACUAGGACGGUUAGUUCGGGAAUUGCUUCAAUAAAAAUCCCGUCGGAGAGUAAUGAUAAUGCUAUUAUUGGCAGUGAAUCAAAGUUGUCAUUUUCUAAUAAUGUUAGUAAUAAUGAUUAUAUUAAUAUUAAUGUGACAGAUUCUAAAAAUACUCGACGGGUUUUACCAAUUAUAAAUGCGAGGCAAUGA